AAGAACCAAACAUUUGAAUUCAGCUUCCUACUUCCCUCUUCUCUCCCUCUUCAAUUUUGACUGAAGGAGCCACUGGAUCUUGGAACAGGUCUCUGUGGAGCGCUAGAAGGACCUCUGGUGGGAACUUUGACCUAUUUGUUUUUUCCAGGGGUCACAAUCCUGGACCAGAAGUGAAUGACUUCUUUUUGGUAUAUUUCCAGCAGCUGAAUUCCUGAACCAAAAGGGCAAUUUGGUUUUGAUGCUGUGCCAGCAAUCUCCCGACAAUGAGUUACUGGAACUUGGAGAAAAGGAACUGUGUGCAGUAUCGCAGGCAUUUUCUGGUGGACAACAGUCCGUUUCAUGUUGAAAGAUGCAUGAGCGUAAUGCAGUCUGGGACGCAGAUGAUCAAGCUGAAGCGUGGGACCAAGGGGCUCGUCCGGCUCUUUUACCUGGAUGAACACCGGACCCGCCUCCGAUGGAGACCCUCUAGGAAGAGUGAGAAGGCAAAAAUCCUUAUUGACUCCAUUUACAAAGUCACCGAGGGUCGGCAGUCUGAGAUAUUCCACAGACAGGCUGAGGGGAACUUUGACCCCAGCUGCUGCUUCACCAUCUACCAUGGCAACCACAUGGAGUCCCUGGACCUCAUCACCUCCAACCCCGAGGAGGCCCGCACCUGGAUCACAGGCCUCAAGUACCUCAUGGCUGGCAUCAGUGAUGAAGAUUCCCUUGCCAAAAGGCAGAGGACCCACGACCAGUGGGUGAAGCAGACCUUUGAGGAAGCUGAUAAAAAUGGCGAUGGAUUAUUGAACAUUGAAGAGAUACACCAAUUGAUGCACAAACUAAAUGUCAAUCUGCCCCGAAGAAAAGUCAGACAAAUGUUUCAGGAAGCUGAUACAGAUGAGAAUCAGGGAACUCUGACUUUUGAAGAAUUCUGUGUGUUUUACAAAAUGAUGUCUUUGAGACGGGACCUUUAUCUGUUGCUUUUGAGCUACAGUGACAAGAAAGAUCAUCUAACUGUAGAAGAACUGGCCCAGUUUUUGAAGGUGGAACAAAAGAUGACAAAUGUGACAACAGACUAUUGUAUUGACAUCAUAAGGAAAUUUGAAGUUUCUGAAGAAAAUAAGGCGAAAAAUGUCCUUGGCAUAGAAGGCUUCACGAACUUCAUGCGCAGUCCUGCUUGUGACAUCUUUAACCCCCUGCAUUAUGAAGUGUACCAGGACAUGGAUCAGCCCCUGUGCAACUACUACAUCGCGUCCUCCCACAACACAUACCUGACCGGGGACCAGCUCCUGUCUCAGUCCAAAGCGGACAUGUACGCGCGGGUGCUGCAGGAGGGCUGUCGCUGUGUAGAAGUUGACUGUUGGGAUGGCCCAGAUGGAGAGCCCGUGGUACACCACGGUUACACGCUCACUUCGAAGAUCCUCUUCAGAGAUGUUGUGGAGACCAUCAACAAGCAUGCCUUUGUGAAGAAUGAGUUUCCAGUCAUCCUGUCCAUUGAGAAUCACUGCAGUGUCCAGCAGCAAAGGAAAAUUGCUCAGUACCUGAAAGGAAUAUUCCAAGACAAACUCGACCUGUCAUCGAUAGACACGGGAGAGACCAAGCAGCUUCCAAGCCCUCAAAGUUUGAAAGGCAAAAUCCUAGUGAAGGGCAAGAAGCUGCCUUACCACCUUGGCGAUGAUGCCGAAGAAGGAGAAGUUUCUGAUGAAGACAGUGCAGAUGAGAUUGAAGAUGAGUGCAAGUUCAAGCUCCACUAUAAUAAUGGGACCACUGAGCAUCAGGUGGAAUCUUUCAUAAGGAAAAAACUGGAGUCGCUGUUAAAAGAAUCUCAAAUUCGAGACAAGGAAGAUCCUGAUAGUUUCACAGUGAGGGCACUCCUGAAGGCCACGCAUGAAGGCUUAAAUGCACAGCUGAAGCAGCAUCCAGAUGCAAAGGAAAGUGGAAAGAAAGCACAUGGACGAUCCCUCAUGACCAACUUCGGAAAGCAUAAGAAAACCACAAAAUCACGGUCUAAACCUUACAGUACUGAUGACGAGGAGGACUUACAGCAGAAUCCUGGCAAGGAGACUGGCCAGCUAUACCGGUUGGGCCGCCGAAGGAAAACCAUGAAGCUGUGUCGAGAGCUCUCUGAUUUGGUUGUGUACACAAACUCUGUGGCAGCCCAGGACAUUGUGGAUGAUGGAACCACAGGAAAUGUGUUGUCCUUCAGUGAAACAAGAGCGCAUCAAGUGGUUCAGCAGAAAUCAGAGCAGUUCAUGGUUUAUAACCAGAAGCAGCUCACGAGGAUUUAUCCCUCCGCCUACCGCAUCGAUUCCAGUAACUUCAACCCUCUGCCCUACUGGAACGCAGGCUGCCAGCUAGUGGCGUUGAACUACCAGUCUGAAGGGCGAAUGAUGCAGUUAAAUCGAGCCAAAUUCAAGACAAACGGCAAUUGCGGCUACGUUCUCAAACCCCAGCAGAUGUGCAAAGGUACUUUCAACCCUUUCUCAGGUGAUCCACUUCCUGCCAACCCCAAAAAACAGCUCAUCCUGAAAGUGAUCAGUGGACAACAACUCCCCAAACCUCCAGAUUCCAUGUUUGGAGACCGAGGAGAGAUCAUCGAUCCUUUUGUUGAAGUUGAAAUUAUUGGAUUGCCAGUAGAUUGUUCUAAAGAUCAAACUCGUGUGGUAGAUGACAAUGGCUUUAACCCUGUAUGGGAAGAAACCCUGACAUUUACAGUACAUAUGCCAGAAAUAGCUUUGGUUCGGUUCCUUGUGUGGGAUCAUGAUCCAAUUGGACGAGACUUUGUUGGGCAAAGAACUGUGACCUUCAGCAGCUUGGUGCCUGGCUACCGGCAUGUCUACUUGGAAGGACUGACAGAAGCAUCUAUAUUUGUCCACAUAACAAUCAAUGAAAUCUAUGGGAAGAACAGACAGCUCCAAGGUUUGAAGGGGCUGUUCAAUAAGAAUCCCAGACACAAUUCUUCAGAAAACACUUGCUAUUACAUUCGGAAGCGAUCGAUUGGAGACAAGAUUCUGCGACGCACAGCCAGCGCUCCGGCCAAAGGCAGAAAAAAGAGCAAAAUGGGCUUCCAAGAAAUGGUAGAGAUGAAGGAUUCUGUUUCGGAGGCUGCAAGAGAUCAAGAUGGGGUCCUGAGAAGGACCACGCGGAGUCUGCAAGCGCGCCCUGUCUCUAUGCCCGUUGACAGAAGUCUUCUUGGGGCUCUAUCGCUGCCUGUAUCUGAGACUGCAAAAGACCCUGAAGGAAAGGAGAACUCUCAGGCAGAAGAUAAGGAUGCCAGAAGAGAUGGGAAGGCAAGUGUAAAAGACCAGCAUUUCCCAAAUUUCAACAAAAAGUUAUCCUCUUCCUCCAGUGCCCUCAUCCACAAAGACAUCAGCCAAGGGAACUCUGCUGUUUCUACUGCCAACUUGUCAACCACAGAACAGUUAGUGCCGGGCCCAAAGGGUGGGAGAACCAAAUCAAACGUGUUAAGUGAUUGCCGGGAACAGUGCCUCAGCAGAUCCCUCUCUCCAAGGCAGCAUUUGGCUCGUGAUCCUGCAGUUAGCCCAUCAAAAGAUCUAUGUGGUGUGAAAACCAAGGAAAAUGGGAAUGCUGGGGGCUUUGCUGUAGGGAAAAGCACGUUGUCAGGAAGCAUCCUUUCUCAAAGCAAUCUGGAGAUUACGAAGCUGGAAGGUAACUGGGAUAAGGGCAGAGCUGCAACAUCCUUUUCUUUGUCAGACGUCUCGACACUCUGUUCUGAUACACCUGACUUACAUUCCACUGCAAUUCUCCAGGAGAGUGAAAUUUCCCACCUUAUUGACAAUGUCACUUUGACAAAUGAGGACGAGCCUGGCAGUUCCAUCUCGGCACUGAUUGGCCAGUUUGAUGAGACCAGCGACCAGGCUAGCCCUACAGUUGUUUCUCAUCUUCAGAGCCCCAUUGUGAUGUUGGGCCAUCCUCCUGUGCCCACCAUGGACCUAAAAAUGCCCUUCAAGCAUGGCUUUUCCAAUGGAAAACCCAAGUCACCUUUCCUGUGCUCCUCUCCUGAGCAGAUUGCAUUCUCUGGGCAUGAGACCUGUGAAGGUUCAACACACACAGCUGUUGGUGAAACUAUCUGCACUCCUGUCUCCAAAACUAAACCAGAUAAUGACCUUUCUGCGAAGGCCACGACUGGGGCCAUAGAAAAUAACCUGCCUCAGUCCUCUAAUACUUCUCGCUGCUGGUUACCAGAAAGUCCCACCCAGGGAAAAGACUGGGAAUUCCUGAAGAACCCCAGCCCUGCCACUUCCACUGACUUGACACUGGAAGAUGUAAUAGCUGCUCCUACUCUCAGUUUAAAUUCUGGGGAGAGCAGUCUCGUGGAAUUGGAUGGAGACUCAGAAAAUCUGUCCCUAACGACCUGUGAAUAUAGGAGAGAGGGUACAAGUCACCUCACUUCUCCUUUAAAAGUGAAAUACAGUCCAGAUGCAGUGGAACAUUUUCAAAGAGGCUUGAGAAAUGGCUACUGUAAAGAGACUCUCCACCCUUCUGUCUCUGAAAUAUUCAACAAUACUCAAGACGUCAAAAAUCAAAAUAUUUCUCGUCUAGCCUAUCAGGGUGCUGGCUUUAUGCAUAACCACUUCUCAAAUUCAGAUGCAAAAAUGAACCAGACCUCCGGGCCCCUGACUUGUGCUCAUGACAUGCAUGCCCCUGCCCCGGAGCAGUCCACACACUCUGCUCUGAAGCUGUCCAGCCCUUGCAAAUCCAAAAGUCUGGGGGACUUAACAUCAGAGGACAUCGCCUGUAAUUUUGAAAGCAAGUACCAGUGUAUUAGCAAGAGCUUCGUAACCACUGGCAUCAGAGACAAGAAGGGCAUGGCUGUGAAAACAAAGUCGUUAGAGCCCAUGGAUGCCCUGACCGAGCAGCUGCGGAAGCUUGUGUCCUUUGAGCAGGAAGAUGGCUGCCAAGUGCUGUAUUCCAAGCAAGAUGCCAAUCAGUUCCCCAGGGCCUUGGUCAGAAAGCUGUCAUCCCGAAGUCAGAGCAGAGUGCGCAAUAUUGCCAGUCGUGCCAAGGAGAAGCAGGAAGCCAACAGGCAGAAGAGUGUGAACCCCAGCACUGUGGGAGGAGUGGUUCUUCGAAGCAAGCCGUGCGCGCCCGCGCCCACCGGGAACCGGCACUCCACCGGCUCCUACAUCGCCGGCUACCUGCGGAGCGCCAAGGGCGGCGGCCUGGAGGGCCGCGGCAUCCCCGAGGGCGCAUGCGCAGCCCUGCGCGCCGGCCACGCCGACAGGUUCUGCUCCCAUCACUCUGUUCUGCAGACCGAACCCAGCAGUGAUGACAAACCAGAAAUUUAUUUUCUUUUGAGACUGUGAAUUACAUAAAGCUACGUUUUCACUGUUAAUAAGAUAUUCUGUAGACUGUCUGAGUUUUCAGUAAAUAUGGUCCUUGGCUUUGAGAUGAUUUUCAGAUGUAUUUUUAAACUCGUGUUACAGCCUC